AGAACGGAACUGAAUUCACCGACAAAAAGUGCGGGACUCUGUGAAGCAAAGUUCUCAUAACUCGGGUUUCGCACAAUGUUUUACAUCAUUGGUCUCGGUUUGGGGGAUCCCGAAGAUAUUACGGUAAAGGGACUGAACAUAAUCAAACAGUGUGAGCGCGUUUACCUAGAAUCGUACACCUCAAUUCUAUGCUGUGCCCAGGAGAAGUUGGAAGAGUUCUAUGGCCGUAAGCUGAUACUAGCUGACCGGGAAAUGGUCGAGCAACGGGCGGACGAGAUCCUGGAAGGUGCCGACACCCGAUCAAUCGCCUUCCUUGUGGUCGGUGAUCCGUUCGGAGCCACCACGCACACCGAUCUGCUGUUAAGGGCGAAGGAAAAAGGGAUCGAAACGUCCGUCGUCCACAAUGCGUCCAUAAUGAACGCGGUUGGUUGCUGUGGCCUACAGCUGUACCAUUUCGGUGAGACGGUAUCCAUUCCUUACUGGGACGAUAGCUGGAAACCGGAUAGCUUCUACGAGAAAAUUGCCGCCAACCUCAGACAGGGACUACACACCCUUUGCCUGUUGGAUAUUAAGGUAAAGGAACCGACGCUCGAGUCCCUGACGAAGAAAAAGCGCGAGUACAUGCCACCGAGGUUCAUGUCGGUAAGUGAAGCGGCCGGCCAGCUGUUGGAAAUUGUACAAAACAAAGCAUCUGAGGCCGCGGAAGAGCCGGCAUCAGCGCUAACGGAUCAGUCCCUCGUGGUCGGGCUCGCACGGGUGGGUCAUGAGACGCAGAAAAUUGUGGCCUGUACGUUACGCGAAAUGAAAGACGUGGAUCUGGGUGGACCUUUGCACUCGCUAAUCAUAGCCAAUGGACGGUUACAUCCGCUAGAGACUGAGUUUUUGCAGCAGUUUGGUGAACUUGGGAGUAGGAUAUCUUAAUUCAUGUGCUGUGAAAGGCAGAAAUCCGUGGGUAUGCGAUAAGAAAAUGGCUUUAAGCUACGGGAUCGUAAGAGCUAAUAAAGAUAUAUUUGAUUUUAA